CUUAGAAUUCUCCUAUCCCUCAACCCCAACUCUACCCUCUUGGCCCCAAACCCACCCUCCUGGCCCUCCUUUCCUGCUCCUGCCUCAUGGUGUCCCGCCUGUGCCUUUUACUCACUGUUCCUCUUCCUUCUCCGCCACCUCUCGGACAUACAGAAGGUGAGGCUGAACGGGGCUGGCUGUGGGAUGGGGCGGGGGUGUGGAAUGGAAGGUGAAGUGUGGGAUGGCAUUGUGGAGAGCAGUUUAAACUGGCAGCAGGACCAAGCAGCAAAGCUGGCCUGGGGACUCCUCCUUUAAAGCACAGACAGGACAAUACUUCUAGCAUUCUGCCACCUUGGAACACCCUCGUCCAAGCAGCAGUAUCACCAGGGCUGGGCUGGGACUCUGCAACCCUGGCCCCUCCCGGCCUUCUUGACUCCAUGUCCUGGUGCAGGAUUUCCUUGGACAAGCGUUCCUGGCUCUGGGAGAGGUGAUCGGAGGCCAGGGCAGCCGUGUAGAGCGACCCCUCACGACAUUGCCACCAUGCAGCUGUGUGCAAACAAGCUGGACAAGAAGGAUUUCUUUGGGAAAUCAGAUCCCUUCCUUGUGUUCUAUAGGAGCAAUGAGGAUGGCACGUUCACCAUCUGCCACAAGACGGAGGUUGUGAAAAACACACUGAAUCCUGUGUGGCAACCCUUCAGCAUCCCUGUGCGGGCACUGUGCAAUGGAGACUAUGACAGAACAGUGAAGAUUGAUGUGUAUGACUGGGACCGGGAUGGAAGCCAUGACUUCAUUGGUGAGUUCACCACCAGCUACCGGGAGCUGAGCAAGGCCCAGAACCAGUUCACAGUGUAUGAGGUACUUAACCCUCGGAAGAAAUGUAAGAAGAAGAAAUAUGUCAACUCAGGAACUGUGACGCUGCUCUCCUUCUCUGUGGAUUCUGAAUUCACUUUUGUUGAUUACAUCAAGGGAGGGACACAGCUGAACUUCACAGUUGCCAUUGACUUCACAGCUUCUAAUGGGAAUCCUCUGCAGCCCACCUCCCUGCACUACAUGAGUCCCUACCAACUCAGCGCCUACGCCAUGGCCCUCAAGGCAGUGGGAGAAAUCAUCCAGGACUAUGACAGUGACAAGCUCUUCCCAGCCUAUGGCUUUGGAGCCAAGCUGCCUCCAGAAGGACGGAUCUCCCACCAGUUCCCCCUGAACAACAAUGAUGAGGACCCCAACUGUGCAGGCAUCGAGGGCGUGCUGGAGAGCUACUUCCAGAGCCUGCGCACAGUCCAGCUCUAUGGGCCCACCUACUUUGCUCCUGUCAUCAACCAGGUAGCCAGGGCUGCAGCCAAGAUCUCUGAUGGUUCCCAGUACUACGUUCUGCUCAUCAUCACUGACGGGGUCAUCUCUGACAUGACGCAGACCAAGGAGGCCAUUGUCAGUGCCUCCUCACUGCCCAUGUCUAUCAUUAUUGUUGGUGUGGGACCAGCCAUGUUUGAAGCAAUGGAAGAGCUGGAUGGUGAUGACGUGCGCGUGUCCUCUAGGGGACGCUAUGCAGAGCGGGACAUCGUUCAGUUCGUCCCCUUCCGAGACUAUGUUGACCGGUCCGGAAACCAGGUGCUGAGUAUGGCCCGACUAGCCAAGGACGUGCUGGCCGAAAUCCCAGAGCAGCUGCUGUCCUAUAUGCGCACCAGGGAUAUCCAGCCUCGCCCUCCACCUCCUGCCAACUCCAGCCCAACCCCAGCUCCAGAACAGCCCUGAGGAGCCCACUUAUUCAAUAACUAGCAGUCUGCCUGCCUGCCCACCCACUGCUUUUGCUGAAAGCCAGAGGCACUUGGAGCCCUGGACCUCAGUGAGUCUAGCUUGGGGGAUCAGUGCUGGCUGGUUGAGCCCUCUGCCCCCUCACCCACAGAAGGGCCUGGCACUAUCACCACCUCCCUGCCUUCAUGCCAAUAAUAAAGCUGAUCUUUACUCCA